AUGGAUGCUAGUUACUUUUCUGGUAAGUUAAAGCAUAACGCUCUUGAUAUUACAUAUUCUUAUUAUUUGCGAGUUGAAACUUUUUAUAUUGUUAUUGAUUUGCAUCUUCAAGACCUUAAUAAUCGUUUUGAUGUUAUGAGUACUGAUUUCUUUCUCGGUAUGGCUAGUUUGAAUCCAGCUAAUUCAUUUGUUAAUUUUGAUAAGAUCAAGAUAAUGAGAGUGGCUGAAUAUUAUAUGAAUGAGUUUGUCAUCAACAAACUUCGAGAUCUCAGUUUUCAGGUUGAUAGCUUUAUAGUUUAUGAUUGUGGUUCUGACAAAAGGCUUAAAAAGAAAUCCACUUCCCUUAUCAUGCUUGUUAAAUCGGUUGCAACCUAUGCACUUUACGAAUCAGGUCCUUUGAUUAACUAUGCAAGAAGAUAA